AUGGAUCAAUUACUGACAAAAUAUUCCCUCACAACCACCAUCCUCAUCAUCCUAAGCAUCUCCUACGUCAUCUAUAGCCUCAUCCAAAAAGUCCUCUUAUAUCAACGACAACGCACCUUCGCCAAACAAAACAACUGUCUUCCCUGUGUCUCUCACCCGCGAAAAGAUCCUUUUUAUGGCCUCGAUUUCUUUGCCGACACUGUUCGCGCGGCUCGCAAUGGAAAAUUCCUCGAGACGACUCAAAAACGAUUCGAGUCACUCGGCGUUUACACAUAUGUCUCUAACCCCCUUGGUAUCACAACUAUCAAUACGGCCGAUCCAGAAAACAUCAAGACCGUUUUAGCAACCGCAUUCAAAGACUAUGAAUUAUUUUCUAGGAGGAAAGUUAGUUUGAUGCCAAUUUUUGGACCGGGAAUCUUUGCGGUAGAUGGAGAGGAAUGGGAACAUUCAAGGGCGAUGUUGAGGCCGAAUUUUGUGAGGAGUCAGGUGGCCGAUUUGCAUGUUUUCGAGAAACACUUUGGGAAGUUGAUCAAGAGGAUACCUAGGAAUGGGGCCACAUUUGAUUUGUCAAAGUUAUUUUUCAUGUUGACUAUUGAUUCUGCUACGGAAUUUCUUUUUGGUGAAAGUACGGAUACAUUGGACGAAGAGAAAUUGAAUUCACCCGGCCAUAAAUACUCGGAAGCUUAUGACUACAUGGCUGAAAAGGUUGGCUCACAAAUCCGCUUGGGUAAACCGGCCAACUUCCCCCGCGACAAAAAAUACACAGAUUCCAUAAAAUACGUGCACUCGUACGUCCGCACCUACGUAGACAAAGCCCUCGCGCUUCAAGUAACCAAUCCAUCGCAAAAACCGCAGGAAUCUGAUUCAGAUCGCUAUAUCUUCCUCGAAGAACUCGCAAAAUCCGGCUACAGCGCGCAGAAAAUCCAAGCAGAAUUGCUUAACAUUCUACUUGCGGGUCGUGAUACAACCGCCAGUUUACUUACUCUUCUCUUUAUGGUACUUUCUCAUGAAAAAGAUGUGCUUGAGAAAUUGAGAAAAGAGGUAAUGGGAUUGGAAGGAAGAAUACCGACUUUUGAGGAAGUCAAGGAUAUGAAAUACCUAAGAUGGUGCAUUAAUGAGACAAUGCGACUUUACCCUAUCGUCUCAACCACAUCUCGCGUUGCAGCCCGCGACACAGUCCUUCCUCGCGGUGGCGGACCUGACGGAAAAUCCCCGACGAUGGUCACAAAAGGAAGCGUGGUACUAUAUAGCUCUUAUGUGAUGCAUCGAAGAAAGGACAUUUAUGGAGAAGAUGCCGAUGUAUUUCGACCUGAGAGAUGGGAGAAAUUGAGAGUUGGCUGGGAAUACAUCCCCUUCAGUGGAGGUCCUCGUAUUUGUAUUGGACAGCAAUUUGCCCUGACCGAGGCAUCGUACACUACAAUUCGUCUCUUGCAAACUUUCUCCAGAAUUGAAUCGAGAGAUGCUGAGCCCUUUACCGAAUGGUUGACAUUGACUUUGUCAAACAAAGGGGGUUGUAAGGUCGCGAUGUUUGAAUAG